AUGUUGAAUAAGAACAAAGCAAAAGUACAAUUAGUUGAUAUAAAGCGUACGAGAAAAGCAAAACGCUGCAUGAGGAAGACGACUUCUGCUUUUUACUACCACUUUUUUGUUGAUAACCAGAGAGAAGAAAAUAUUUUAUGGGAUUUUAUGAAACAUUAUCGCUGCAAUUAUCAAAGAAUUGUUUUGGAAAUGGCCCCCCUCUUGAAAAAAGCUUUUCCCUUUUCAAUAUUCAAUAUCAACUGUUUUAAAUGUCAAGUUACUGUUCUGAGAAUUUCUGAUUGUAAAAGAGAUAAAAUUAACCAAGCAAACGUUGGUUUUAUGCCUUUGGGUUCGUCAAAGCAGCAAAUAUCAUUUGAAAGAGAUGAAGUAGCAGAAGCAGAAACUAAAAAUUAG